AUGAGUGGCACAGGUAAUAUAAAGCUAUAAGCACAUAAAGUAGGCUUGAAUCAAUAUAGAAACGAAUACAUUGAUUUUGAAGUAAAAUAGAUUAGAAAAGAACACUAGUUGGAGUAAAGGGCUAAAGAGCUUAAAGCACAUAACAUUAAUAAUCUUUAUGGACUCAUACCAAUCUCACGAAACACAGACAGAUAAUCAUCUUUGUUUCCUCAUAUAUCUGUGGAUGUGCUAAGCCCUCUUAGAAAUAAGUUCAGAUCAUCUAUUGAGAGAUACGCAGACAACAAAAGUAUGUCACCGAAUCAAAGCCAAGCAAUUGAUCAAGGCUUUAUUAUUCAAGAUUUGAAACAAAAGAAAACUAAUAGGUUCGACAAAAUAAUGAGCAGUUAUGAAGCUAAUUAAAAUAGAAAUUAUGACAGACAAGGCGAAUACAACGAUAAUGAAAGAAAGGAUACUAUAACGAUAAAUGAAACAAUCCAGGAAUCACCUUAGUAAAGGAGUCAUUUUAAAACUAGAAAUAAUGCUACGUUUCAGAUUCAUAAUGACCCAAAUUCUGUUCAUUAAAGUUUAAUGAGUUUAUCUAUGAAUGAAGGUCGCAGAAAUGAUAGUGUUUCCUUGAGCAAUCAAUUUAAUCAGAAUCUGAAAGAGAAUAUUAAGUUGAGUAAAAUUAGGAAACAGAAUAAGAGUAUUAGCAGUAGAUUUGACCAAUAGUCUACAGUAUUUUCUACUCAAUCCCCUUAAAGCAAUUAUAGAGUAAAAUAAGCUUAUGGAGUUAAGGACAGUCCUAAUAAUCAAGCCAUAUUGGAAGCUAAAGAGAACAGACAGAAAUUGAGACAUCUGCUGGUAGAAUGCAUAGAUUUUGAGAACCAGACAAAAGAUCAUUCACUUGAUUUAGACAAAGAAGUAGUCAGAUAUCAACAAUAUAUGACUACAUUUAAAAAUUACAUUGACUUUAAACAGCAAAAUCCAUAUUCAGAGUAGGAUGAAGACUAUGAUAGAGCCAUUGCAUCAUCUUAGCAAAGAAGAGAUGAAAGAAACAAAUUAAUCAAACUUAUUGAUAGAAGAGAGAAUAAUAUGAUGCAGAAAUAUAAGCUUAUUAAUAAUUCUGGUAUCAAUUUAAGUAGAUAGAAUUAGAAUCAUGAGCAUCAUAAUUCUUAGCUGUUCAAUCAGAAUUCAAACAAUGCCAUAGAUGUUUAUGGUAACUAAGUUAAUGAAGAAAGCUAAUUAAUAGAUGCCUAGGACAGUGAAUAGAAACCUAAGAAGCAUUUCAGAUUUCAAAGUGAGGAGAAGAUAAAACUAUUUGACAUGACCUACAGAUCUAAUUAAAUGAAUAUAGAGAGGAAGAAUACCUAAAAGGUUUAAUUCUAGAGUGUAAAAGAAAACGACCCUGAAAAGCAAAGAUUACUUUUACUUAUAUCGCAAGGAAUCAGAUAUGACAUAGAAAAAAUAAGGAAAGAUAUAACGAAGAAAAGAAAGAAAAAUCUCAAAAUCUAUCAUGAGGAGAUGAGUAAGCCAGACUACUGGGAGAAAAAUUCUUACAAGGGGUUUAAAGGGUUCAUAUAAUAAGUGAAGGAUAUGAAAAAUGAAUACGAUAAUGAUAAAUUGAGUAUCUCCUGCUCUAUCAUUCAUAAAGCCAAGCAUUUAAAGAUAAAGAAAUUGAAUUGA